UUUGUUUACUUCCGGAGAACAGUCUGACGUGACCGUCCGCAUGAAAAUAUAGUUGAAAGACAGUUAACUAACAGAUGAAAUGGAGUCCAAUGAAGAGGGGGGGCUCGGUGCACGUGGCUCUGAAGGAGAAGAAAACUAUUUCCUGGGAUACACUUUCACUGACCGCUCCCACUCCAGCCGCGUGGUGAAGAGCAUUAUGGACCUCUGCCUGGAGGAUGGCCUGUUUGCCGAUGUCACCAUCAACGUUGAUGGAAAGGAGUUCAACCUGCACCGCCUGGUGCUCUCAGCACAGAGCAGCUUCUUCCGAUCCAUGUUUACCUCUAACCUGAAAGAGUCACAUAACCGCUGUAUAGAACUAAAGGACGUGAGCGCAAAGGUCUUUCAGUUGCUGGUGGACUACAUCUACCAUGGUACCAUCAAACUGAUGGUUGAGGACCUGCAGGACACCUACGAGAUGGCAGACAUGUACCAGCUGACCGCUCUCUUUGAAGAAUGCUCCCGCUUCCUGUCACGCACCGUGGAGGUCAAGAGCUGUCUCCAGGUGAUGUGGCUGGCAGACAGACACAGCGAUCAGGAACUGUACACAGCUGCUAAACACUGUGCUAAAAUUCACCUGGUUCAGCUGCAUCAGACGGACGAAUUCCUCAAUCUGCCCCUUGGCCUGCUACUGGAUAUUGUCAAAGAUGGUGUUCUGAGCUCCCAGAAUCCAACAGUGGCCAUUGAUUCUUGGAUAAACCACAACAAGGUAGAGAGAGAGGAGUUUUCCGGUCUACUCCAGGAUAACCUUAAGGAAAUCGGUGAGAAGGUCCACAUCUACCUGAUCGGGAAGGAGGAAGCUCGGACACACUCCCUGGCCGUGUCGCUCCACUGCGACGAGGACGACACCGUCAGCGUGAGUGGUCAGAACAGCUUGUGCCACCAGAUCACCGCGGCCUGUAAGCACGGAGGAGACCUCUACGUGGUGGGAGGUUCCAUCCCUCGCCGCAUGUGGAAGUGUAACAUGCACACCAUGGACUGGGAGCGCUGCGCCCCUCUGCCCAGAGACCGCCUCCAUCACACCAUGGUGUCUGUCCUGAGCGAAGACGCCGUUUACUCCCUGGGGGGCAAGACCCUGCAGGACACCCUGUCCAACGCCGUCAUCUUCUACACUGUCAAAGACAACAUGUGGACAGAGACCAGCCAGCUGGACACUGCUGUGUCGGGGGCUGCCGGAGUCAACCUGGGAGGUACCAUCUACCUGCUGGGGGGGGAGGAGAACGACAUGGACUUCUUCACCAAGCCGUCCCGCCUCAUCCAGUGCUUCGACACGGCCAGUCAGAAGUGCCGGAUCAAACCCUACGUGCUCCCUUUCGCGGGCUGCAUGCACGCCGCCACCCACAUGGACGUGAUCUUCAUCGUGGCCGAGGGUGAUUCCCUGGUCUGCUACAACCCCCUGCUGGAUAGUUUCACCCGUCUGCGCUUCCCAGAGAUGUGGAGCUGUGUGCCUUCCCUCUGGAAGGUGGCCAGCUGUAACGGCUGCAUCUACGUUUUCAGGGACAAGUGUAAAAAAGGCGAUGCCGCCACAUUGAAGUUCAACCCUGCCACCUCUGUAGUCUCUGUUAUCAGUGGCAUUAAAAUCCUCCUGACCAACUGGCAGUUUGUGUUGGCCUAAACUCUUUCCCCCGGACGCCGACUCACUGUUUGAAAUCAUUUGAGACGAUGGAAUUGGAAGGAUUGGGGAUGGACUCAUUUUGACCACAUUGUGAGACUUGUUGAUUUGUGCCUGUAAAUGUUUUAUUAAGCUGUAGUUCCUUUUCCUGAACAAGUCACAGGUGGGUGGUUUGGUUUUGGAUUAUGCAUGGGACAGUUUUAGUUUGACAACCAAUCAUAUAUUUCAACCAUUGUCUACAAUACACAGCAUCCUUACUGUGGAAGAUCCAGAAGAUCCAAUCUUCACCUGUGUUAUUAUUGCUUCACCCGUGUUUGUUCUGGUAAGUUCUCACAGCAGUGAGUUUCGGUUGUCUUACCGAAAAGCUGUGUUGUGAUUGAGUGCAACUCGUGUGAAACCAGUUAUUGUACAUUGUCAUGCUUUAGGUUGUUUUGCUGCUUUUGUAUCUAUACAUUUCGUGCUGUACUUGUGCAUGAAAUAACUCAGUAUUAUUGUACAGUUUGAAUAUUUGGUGAUGCUGGGUGUUAUCAUUCACACACGAAGGACUACCAGCAGUAUCUUAGUUUAAAAUUGUUUUGCGUGCUUCAUUACAACUUAGUGUAAAGCCUGUCUGUAUAAUUUUGGAUGUUGACCAUGUUUAAUAUUAACUCCACAUUAAUACCAAAUUAGUAUUGUUCCCAGAUGACGCUUCGCAUAAAAACAAGGGGUUAUGCAGUGACAUAGACAUGACCUAUAACCUGGGAAAGGUGUCCCAUCUUGGGAAUGGCAAGGCGAUAAAAAAGCACCUAUUUGUAUCCCAGUAGAGGUUAAAGGGGUACGAGGGGAGAGAGCGCGCCCCACUAGGGAGGCCAGUGCUGCGAUCCCAUUGAUGUUUUUCAGGAGGCUGUGGAGGUGAAACUUAAUCCCAGUAACAUGUCUAACUUUGUGAACUAUUCUGAGCAUCAGAUGCUGACGCUAAGGUGAGGGGUGGGGGUUGUGGGCGGCACAUGUGUGCCAGCCCACUAGAAUAGUCAGCCACUACAAGCAGUGAUGGACUCGCAGAUUGCCAAUGUUGUGAAAUAACUCUUGUUUAUGGGACCUUCUCAGGGCACACCGACCCUUGUGACAGACUUAGUUCAGAUUAUUUUGGAUUUUGUAGUAUGUACAAAAAAAAAAAAAAAAUCACCUUCUGAAGAGUUUUGCAUUUGACUCCAGGGUUUGGUGUUUGUCUUGUGCAUUUGUGUGAGGGUAGAUGUGUAAGAGCUGCAGUGACCUCAGGACUUUUCAAAGGGUAUAGCAGGAUUCCUACAGGGACACAUGGUCCAGAGUGACAAGGCCAUCUGCUCUAGCGCCAGCUCCGAGAGGGGGGGGGGGGGUGGACGCAGGGGCACUGAGAAUUCCUUCGCUGGGGUGUGGAGGGAGUAGAUAUUUUGGGAUACCACUGCCAGCACUUCGAAGGGAGAGGUGUACCUUUUGGCGUUUUUCAUACCAGAAUUUCAAGGGAGAACUUGUAAACAUCUAAAUGGUGAAUUGGAAUCUUUGGAUUGAGGGAGGUUUGUUGUCCUCAAAAGAUUUCACUAAAGAUAUGGAUGGGCAAUGAAGGUCUUGGUUUGUUGGCCCUUUAAUAUGGUGGAUCCAGUUUCCUUUCUGUCCCAGCACAACCGGAGCUGAAAGGUCUGGAUCUUAGGAAGCCUCUUUGGCACGGAACUCUCAGAGGAUCGUCUUUACAGGAUCUUUUGAGACUUAACCUGUGCAUGGCAAGGAUAUACACUCUUGCUCUCCCACUGAAAGCGUAAAAACACCUCAGCGGAUGAAUAUUUUUAUGAGGCACCUUGCAGCAGAGAUGGGCCAGGACCAAACCAAGCAGCAGAUAGAAAAGGGCCUUAAGUUGUAUCAGUCCAACCACACAGACAAAGCCCUCCACGUCUGGACCAAGGUGCUGGAAAAGACCUCGGAUCCUGGAGGGAAGUUUCGGGUUUUGGGAUGUCUGAUUACUGCCCACUCUGAGAUGGGAAAGUAUAAAGAGAUGCUCAAGGUAAGCCUACUAACAUCCUGUCUGAAUACUGCCCAGUGAUCUUGUACCUAUACAAAUUAGGUAAUGACGUUUGUUCAGGGAAGCUAUUAUUUCUAAUGGAUGAUGUUGGUUCUGUUGAUGGGUGGGGAAAAUUAUUUAGAAAAUGAUAAACUGCUUUAAUCUAUGUGAAGUAAAUCAUGACAGAGUUGGAGACAAUAGGAAAACACUUUAAGUGUGGAGGGAAGUUAACAUAUAAGGAAUCUGAUGAGGGGGUGCUAGGGCUCUCAUUAAUUUAAUGUGUCAUCAAAUGUGUCAGGGACAAAUAUUAAGUACGUUUUUGUAGGUCUCCUGUUGCAACCAUUACAGCUUUUCAACUUUGGCCAAGUAACUAGGGAAUAGGACUGUGGAACAUGUUUUUUUAGGGUCUUCUUGAUUGAAUCUUGAUGACUACUGGUUGGUUAAUUUGUGGCUUCCGUGGGAUGCAA